AUGCGUUUCGCUCUCAUCACCGCUGCCAUCAUUGGCUCCGUUGUCGCCCUCCCAACUGCUCAGGGGAAUGGCAACCUUGACGGGAACCUCAUUGGAAAUCUCAAUGGAAACAACGGCGGCUCGAACAAUAACUUUGGAAAGCGCCAGUUCCCAGGAGCACCAGCCUUCGGAGAUGGAAAUGGGGAUGGAAACCUGAACGACAAUUUGAAUAACAACAAUAUUGGCCCGGGAAAUAGCUUCGGAAGGCGUCAGCUCAAUGGCAACGGAGAUGGCAACCUCCUCAACAACGGCGGCAUGAACAACAUUGGCUCGGGUAACAAUUUUGGAAAGCGCCAGUUGAACGGCAAUGGCAAUGGGAACCUUUUGAACAACCUCAAUGGAAACAAUAUCGGCAGCGGAAAUACUUUCUCUCUGCGUGAUGCUCAGGGCAAUGGAAACCUCGAUGGAAACCUUCUGAACAACCUCGUGGGCAACAAUGUAGGCUCGGGAAACAGCUUUGGCAAGCGCCAAGGCAACGGGAACCUCGACGGCAACCUUAUAGGGAACCUUGGAGGUAACAACAUCGGCUCAGGAAACAAGGGCAAUGCUCCUCGUGAUGCCCAGCUGAACGGCAACCUAGACGGCAACGACCUCAACGACGGCCGCAACAACAACGUCGGCAGCGGUAACACGUUCACUCCACGUGAGGCACAGGGCAAUGGGAACUUCGACGGCAACGGCAAUGACAAUGGAAAUAAGAACAACAUUGGGAGCGGCAAUAGCUUCAAGGGACCAGGCGCUCCAGCCGGCUUCCCAAGCUUCCCAUGA